AAGACAUCUCCCCAGUGAAAGGAGAGGUGUUUGUAGUUGGCGCCGUGCUGCUGCUCACUGCGUUACGUCACCCUCGUCACGCGGCGCUUCUGGCAACGCUCCCUCACCACACCGUAAGUGGCCCCCGUGAUCUCCAGUUGCAGGGAUGUUGCUGCCGUGUCGAUUGCUGCGUGGUGUGGCCCCCCAGCGGUUGUGGUUGGGUCUGGGAUCACGGGUGGCAGGAUCAGUGAACUCAGUGACCUCCUUCAGAACCAUCAACACCUCGCCCCGGGACGCCUCCACUCCUGCUGUCCAGCAUGCAGAAGAGGAGAGUAGUUCCACUGAAGCUGUGAAACUAAAAAAGCCUAAACGUGCACCCUUCAUUAAGAACUUAUUUCUUGGGAGGUUUGACAAGAGUGUACUUGAGUUUCCUGAAGUGCUGGAUCAAGAUCAACAUGAACUGCUACAUGAAAUGGUUGUUCCCAUCGAGAAAUAUUUCUUAGAACAAGUGGAUGGACCAAAGAUAGACAGAGAGGCAAAGAUCCCUGAGGAAACCCUGCAAGGCCUCAAGGAGCUGGGCCUUUAUGGGCAGCAGAUCCCACAGGAGUAUGGAGGUCUGGGUCUUGGGGCCACAGAGUAUGCUAGGAUUGCUGAGAUCACGUCCAUGGAUGGAUCAAUUGCUGUCACCUUAGCAGCUCAUCAGGCCAUUGGUUUGAAGGGUAUUUUGAUUUGUGGGACAGAUGCACAGAAGGAAAAAUAUUUGCCACGUCUGGCCUGUGGUGACUGGACAGCUGCCUUUUGCCUGACAGAGCCCAGCAGUGGGUCUGACGCUGCCUCCAUCCAGACUCGUGCCACACUCUCUGAUGAUGGAAAGACUUGGGUACUCAAUGGAAGCAAAAUCUGGAUAUCAAAUGGAGGUUAUGCUGAUCUCAUGACUGUGUUUGCCAAGACUGCAGAGACACUACCCUCUGGAGAGAAGAAGGAUAAAGUCACAGCCUUCAUUGUGGAGCGAGCCUUUGGUGGAGUCAGCAGUGGCCCACCGGAGGACAAACUUGGGAUUCGUGGAUCAAACACUUGUGAGGUCUACUUUGACAACACUCCCAUACCAAUGGAGAAUGUUCUGGGUGAGGUUGGUGGAGGCUUCAAGGUGGCCAUGAAUAUCCUCAACUCAGGUCGCUUCUCUAUGGGCAGCUCUGGAGCAGGAAUGUUGAAAAGGCUCCUUUCAUGGAGCAUUGACCAUGCUGUUAAUCGCAAGCAGUUUGGAAACUACCUCUCAGAGUUUGCCAUGAUCAAGGAGAAGUUUGGUCGCAUGAGUGCCAAUAUUUACGCCAUGGAGUCAAUGGCUUACCUUACUGCAGGCAUCUUGGAUGGUCAGGAAGACCCAGACUGUUCUGUGGAAGCUGCUAUUGUGAAGGUUUUCAGCUCAGAGGGCGCAUGGAAGUGGUGCUCUGAGUGCCUGCAGAUCCUUGGUGGUUUGGGCUACAUGAAGUCUUACCCAUUUGAGCGCUACCUUCGAGAUGCUCGUAUCCUCCUGAUCUUUGAAGGGACAAAUGAGAUUCUCCGCUUGUUUAUUGGACUUAGUGGGCUUCAGACUGCUGGAGGUGAACUUCGUGAAGUUGUUCAGAAGCUUCGAAACCCAUUCAUGAACCCUGGUUUUAUCAUUGAAAAAGGCAUUGAGAGAUUCCGCCAACAGAAAAACAAUCCCAAACUUGAUCUGGACAUAGCAGGCCACCUUCAUCCCACUCUGCAGCCAUCAGCUCAGCUUUUAGAAUAUUGUGUGAAAAGGUUCCAGUACAGUGUAGAGAUGGUGCUGGCUAGGCAUGGGCAGGCUAUAGCUGCUCCCAAGAAUCAACUGGAGGUUGCACGCUUAUCUGACUGUGCUAUUGACCUGUAUGCCAUGACAGCUGUCCUGAGCCGUGCCUCACGUGCAUACUGCAUAGGCCUGAAAAAUGCUGUUCAUGAGAUUCAGCUUGCCAGUGUGUUUUCGGCAGAGGCUGCAGAACGAAUCAAGAGACGAGUAAAGGAAUUAGAAAUUGGACCUGUUCAGAACACUGAUGAUGCAUAUAUCAAAAUUGCUGAUGCUGUUGUAGAAAACAAGGGUUAUGUGGCUGAGCAUCCUCUGACCCGCACUUUUUGGUAAUAAGCUGUGUGUUGUAGAAUUUGUGUCUACUUCCUGUGGCACAUGUUUUGCAAGUGAUGAUGAGAUGUAAAUAAUUUUGGUAUUGAUGUCCAGAAUGAAAAUAUUUUGUGCAAAUUAUGUUUAUAAGUGAUAUUGCAAUUUAUACAUAUAAAUUAAUAUUUUCAUCUCAUAUUUGUAAGUGCUGUUUAGAAUUAUUGACUUGUAAGUUUUCAGAAAAAUGGUAUAAUAUAUUUGAACUAAAUGUAUGAUAAUGGUAACUUAACUCUCGUCAGGCCAAACCAUUAUGUUGGUGCACAAUAUGACUAAAGUUUUAGUAAAUGUUGGAUUUAUUGAUGUUUGUGAAAAAGAGUAUACACAAAUGGUAUUUAAUGGAAGUUAAAUAAAGUGUGAAGUUAUUGGUUUUACAGAUUCAUAUAGAUUUGAAAGUAAGUGACAAACAUUGUGUGAUCAAGCUAAGUAGACCUUACUGGCUCUCAGCUUGCUUCUCUGUCUCAAAGCUGCUAGAGGACUCAUGUGAUUAACCAUAACCAAGAGUGCUUGAUUUGGGAGAUGGUUGUCUUUCUCUUCAUAGUCAUGGCUUUUACAAUACCAUGUUUCUAGUUAGUUAUCCUCCAAUAUAAAUAUAUAACAUACUAUUUUGAAAAUAAUGUGUUCUUGAAUAUGUUUUAUCUCACAAAUCAUGUUGCUAGGUUUUAUUUACAUAGCCUGACUUAUUCUUUGACUGCUGUGACCUGAAAUUAGACAACAGUUGCAUUUAUUAUUUAAACAAGUAUGUAUUGCUAGGAAGAAAGUACACUUAUACUACAUGAAGCACUGAUAACUUAGGACAUUGUGGACUGUAUUGGAACUCCCUAGUGACCAUAAUUUGAAUAGAUCAGUAGUAUCACAAAAUCAUAUGAUUAGAGGUUGUAUGGUGAGAAAUUAGUAGGCACAGGCAUUGUGCUUUAAAUUUAAUGUAUUUGUGAUGUAAAUUUGUAAGAGCUGAGGACUGAAAAAAAAAAAAAAAAAAUUAGCUUUAAAGAACUGACAGUUUUGUAAAUGGCUGAUAAUAGUGCCCUCCACUCCAUUAACAGUGAAAUAAUUGCAUGCAUUAGUUUUUUUUUUGCAAACAUGAAAGCAUGGAUAAGAAGACUGCAAGUAUAGAGACAUGGGCUGAAUAAGACAGAGGUUUGCAGGAAAAUAAAGUGAUAUCAUCAGUAAGAACAUUUAAGUAACUAGUCAGCAGAUUAUUUCCAAGAGCAUCAUAAUGUAAAAUUAAUAUGAAAUGUUUGGUACACAUGGUUAAGAAGAAAGUGUAGAAGAAUUUGUUUAUGCUGAUGGUUGCUGAUGGUUCAUUUGUGUCCAGAAGCUGAAUAACCUUCCAAGACAUUCUGACUUUUUCCUUAACAAGUCCUCUUAUCUGCUGUCAAUUUCUUCAUGAAAUCUGAAACACUAUAAAUUUUUAACAAGAAAAGAUGAGGGACAACAAUAAAGAUGGAGGAAGUGUGUGUAGUGUGUUACUGGAUUUUGAUCUUGAUUGUUGGAAGAUGAAAAUUACAAAUAUUGUACUUCUGAGAAAUUUAAAGUUAGUGUGUCCUCCCACAUCACAAAAUUUCCAUCUUAUUUCUUACAACAAUGUUUCCACUUUGGGGACCUUCUGCAGAUAAUGACAUGAAAUAUCUUGUUCAUUCAUGUCACACUACAUGUACCCACAUCAAGCUGUAACUGCACUGUAAAACACCCCUUUGUGGUUAUAUCCUCAUAGAACCUCAUUUUUUAUCUGUAUUUUUAUUUUUGCAUUCAUUAAAUAGUGCUUACCUACAUGUUUUAUAUUAAGGCACUAUACAUGUUUUGAGAAAUGAGGUGAAAUUUCUAUAUCAUUUGGUCUUGUCAUGUGUACUAUUUCCUAGCUUCUGCUUUGAGGUUUAAAGAAUAUGGAGUUUUUACAGACUCAUUGUCUGUAUCUUAAAAUUUCUUUCUGGGAGUUUUUAUGGCAUGUCAUAAUGCUGUAAUCCCAUUUUAUAGAGGCAUCACAUCAUAUCAGUCUAACUCAAAUCAGUGUGUUUUACUUUGGCUUCAUGGCCAAACUUAAGAUAUGUUGCAUAAAAACGUGUGUGCAAGCCACAUGAGCCUGACUCAAACUUGUAUGUGACAAAAUUUAGAUCAAAGCUCAUAGUCAAUCUAGUUCUUUGCAAGUGAUCUAGUCAGCAACACAACUGCCACAGUUCAUUCCUCUAUGGCUAGACAUGCUAAACCUUCCACAUCACUUAUUUUAUCCUUGCUUCUUGCCAUUUAUAUAUGUUAGUAUUUUUGUUCCUUGUUUAAAGAUGACUUAUUGUGUGUUUUAGGUGUGCUACCUGAGAGAAAUUUUUACAAAAAUAUGUGUAUUAAAUGUACAAUAUCAAGUAAAGUUAGAAUACAUACUAUAAUAAAUAUAAAAAGGAAAAGAUCUUCAUGUAUGCUUAAAAUUAUUACAAUUUUAAAAAGUUUUAAUGAUGAAAUAGGUUUGAGGUCCAUGCUUGACAAGUCAGUAUUCCUUAUUGAUAAACAUUUAUGAAGAAUACAUGUUGAAUUACCUCGAAAGUAUUUUCAUAUAUGGUUUGUACAGUAGUUGUAAUAAAAUGGAUUGAAAGGAAA